AUGAAUGGACGAGGACGCAUUAUCACGAUGCCGGCUGAGUGUGCCGCUAACCCGCUGCAGCGGGCCUUGGCCGAUGCCAUCAUACGCAUGGUGUCCAUGGACGAGUUACGCAUACUGCUCGCCUGCGGUGCGAAGGUCAACGAGCAGGUGACGCAAGGUCUGAGACCACUGCACUAUGCCGUCUGGCAGAAUAAUGAAGCUGCCGUUAAUCUGCUUAUUGUGCGUGGUGCCGAUAUAAACGCGAUCGAUGAAGUUGGCUACAGCGCACUACAUCUGGCGGCAGAGCAUGGUUAUCUGCAUCUCGCGAAGAUACUGCUGGACGCUGGCUGUAAGGUGGACUACCGUGAGCCAACAAAUGAUCCUUAUCCACGCACGACACUCUGCGAUGAACCGCUUCGCUUGGCACUGCGUAACAAACACUACGAGGUGGCCCGUCUGCUACUUGAUCGUGGUGCCGAUCCGAACAAGCGCUAUUUCUUCGGCUCCGAGAUCAAUCUGGCGACGGAUGUGGAAAGCCUGGAGCUGUUGCUCACGUACGGUGCGAGCACGGAGGCGCGUGACCGUUCCGGCAUCACCCCGCUAAUGCGUGCCGUGCGAACGAACGGUAACGUCGAUUCGGUGCUGCUGCUGCUACAUUACGGUGCGGACGUUAAUGCGAUGACAGAUGCAAGGAAUGAUUACAGAACUGUGUUGCAUUAUGCCGUUCUAUCAGGAUUAGAUCUGUUCGGUGGCAAUGCGUCACUCGUAACGAUGCUAUUGAAACAAGGCGCCCGGGUAGACAUUCCAGCACCGCUGCCCGAACCGGACCGGCCAAGCCCGCUCGAUCUUGCCGUAUUGCGGGGCGAUCCCGUGCUGGUGAGAAUACUGCUCGAGCAUGGUGCUAAUGUCAAUCGCAGCAGUCCCGUCAUUGGUUCGCCGUUGCAUGUGGCUUGCGCCGAUAAUAUUCCCAACAGAGUUGAAAUUAUGAAAAUGCUCUUGUUUUACGGUGCUGACCCGAAUAUACGCGUUGUGGGAGAUGUUGCCACCAAUGCGAUACUACGUCCUCCGUUGGCAGAGCUGCUUGCCAGCAACGAACACGUGACGCCACAGGAACUGCAUUUGUUGCUACGAUACGGUGCAAGGGUUAUCCUGAAGACCCAGUACCGCGAUCCGGACGGUUUACUAAACUGCCUCUCAAACCUGCAUCACGAAUCGGCCGGCUUCCGCAUCAUACUGGACGCUGCAGAAGAGUUCGAUCCUUGCAUGAUACGCCGCAACCAACAAAUCACCGAUGAGCAGCGCGAUCUGCUGGUAGAACGUGCCUCGGUGCCACGGAAGCUCAAGUCCCAGAUUCGUGCCUACUACCGCCGGCUGUUCGGGCGGAAUCUGUGCGAGUUCGUUCCGCCAUUAUUUAUACCGAGCGAGCUUAAAAACUAUCUGCUGUACGAACACAGCCUGUAA